AUGGACGUUGUAUCACUGGUUGCCGCUGGGAGAGAGUUAGGUUUGGAGGGAGCUGAGUUAAGGGAAUGGAUUCAGGCCCAGGAGGCGAAACUUCAGGCAACAGAGAGAGAGAAGCGCGCUGCAGAUCGGGAGGCUGCAAAGGAAGCAGCAGCAACUGCGAAAGAAGCAGCAGAGUUACGUUUGAGGGAGUUAGAAGCGACAAACGAGGCGCGCAAGGCUGAAGCAGACCUAAUCGAAAGGAAGUUGAGAUUACUUGAACUUGAGGGUGCAAGGCCAGCGCCUGCGGUUUCGCAAACGAACCAUGUUCCAAUGCUCGGGUUACAAAAGGGCAUGGCGCUGUUCGAUGAACGAAAAGACGAUCUGCAUGCGUAUUUACUUCGAUUCGAGCGAGUAGCUAAGAGUCAGAAAUGGCCGGAGAGUCAUUGGGCAGCAUCGUUGAGUAUGUGCUUGACAGGAGAGGCGUUGGGAGUGUAUUCACGGGUCGCCCCAGAACACUGUGGUGAUUAUGAGAAGGUGAAGGCAGCGUUGUUCAAGCGCUUUCGCCUAACUGCUGAAGGGUUCCGUGAGAGGUUCCGGAUUGCGGCAGGAGACUAUAAGGAGCUCCGUGAACUUGUCAUAAGGGAGCAGUUCGUUUUGGAUUGUUCCAACGCCGUUGCACUCUUCCUGAAGGAGAAGAAACUAAAAUCAUUAGAAGAAAUAGCCGAAGCUGCCGAUGACUACAUGGAAGCUCAUGGCAUUCGUAAUUGGAGCUCGAAACAAGGCGAAACCCAGAAAGCGGUAAAAGGUGGUACAGGCAUAACGAAGGGACAAGAUCCAGCGAAACUCGGGCCUGGGGAUCAAAAGGACAAAUCCAGUCAGGGUAGACCACCACAAGACGAAAAGAGUCCGCCUAGAUGCUACCUUUGCGGAAAGAUGGGUCACAUCGCCAACCAAUGUAGAAGCAUAUGGCAUAAAAGAAACGACAGCAUCCGAUGCAACAACUGCGGGAAGGUGGGUCAUAGAGCUGAAGCGUGCAGAGGCAAGCUGGAGGGGCAGGCCGAUAAAACGAGCCAAGCGCAAAGUUCAUGUUUUGUAGCGACAGGGCCACGAUCUCUGCGAAGUAACAUAGAAGACGGCUAUGUUGAGCUGAAAAGUGGUGACAGAGUUCCUGUUGUCAACGCAGUCUUGUCCAGCAAGAUAAAGGUUCUAGCCCGAGAUUUACCAGUUGUCGAAGGCAGAAUAGGGCAGACGAAGGUGACUGUACUUCGAGACACUGGGAGCAACACCGUUGUAGUCCGAAGAGAACUGGUUCAGGAUUCUCAGCUCACUGGACAGGUUGGGCUGGUGUACCUCGUAGAUGGGACCAUGAGGCGAUUGCCCGAGGCUGUAGUGUCCAUAAGGACUCCUUAUUUUUCUGGGGACGUUACGACAAAAGUAAUGGACACACUGUUGUACGACGUGAUACUGGGCAAUAACCCCGGGGUGCGAGCCGCUGACGACCCAGAUGAAGACUGGGAUAGGAGAGAGAAAAUUCUCUCAGGUGCGUCCGCAUCUACAGAGGAAGAUUUCGACGGCCGGGAUUGCAGCUUGUUUGGAACUCAAGGAAGUCAUGAUGGAGUUGAAACUGGAGCUGCGGUUGCGGACGUCUCCGAAAUCACGGGAAAUACUACGAUGGCCGUCGUCACAAGGAGCCAAAGCAAGGCCGCGGAAAGGCCCCUGCCUAAAUUGCGAGUAACGCAGAUCGACGGUGGACCGGCCGACGUCGCAUCAUUGAUCAAGGCACAAGAGGAGGAUGCCACGUUACGAACAUGUCAUCGUAAAACAGGACAAGUACAGCAAUGCCACAAUACGAACAAGACGUUCGAGUUCAUUAAAGAGGAAGGUGUGCUGUAUCGGAGAUAUCAUAUCGACGAAGGGAGGACACUGCAACAGUUGGUGGCGCCAAGGGUGCAGGCUGACGUGCAAAGGUUCGUCCGAUCCUGCGACAGCUGUCAGAAAACAACCCCAAAAGGACGAAUUGCGAGAGCGCCGCUCCAGUCGAUGCCCAAGAUCGACACUCCGUUCGAAAGGGUGGCGGUCGACAUCGUUGGACCUAUUUCGCCGCCCUCACGAUCAGGCAACCGCUACAUAUUGACCUUGGUGGACUUCGCGACACGCUAUCCUGAUGCUAUUCCUCUGAGGUCAAUAGAGACAGAACGAGUCGCGGAGGGGCUUGUGGAAAUCCUUUCCAGAGUCGGCAUCCCUAAAGAGAUCCUUAGCGACCGGGGCAGCAACUUCGUGUCAGGUCUGAUGCGAGAAGUGGGCCGUCUCCUAUCAAUCAGACAGAUGCAAACGACUCCCUAUCACCCCAUGGGAAACGGCUUAGUCGAACAUUUCAAUGGAACUCUGAAGAGCAUGUUACGACGAAUGUGCGAAGAGGGGCCGACCGAUUGGGACAGAUACUUGCCAGAAUUACUAUUCGCGUACCGAGAAGUCCCACAGAAAAGCCUCGUAUUCUCACCGUUUGAUAUGCUGUACAGAAGACUGGUUCGGGGCCCGCUAACUGUACUGAAGGAGAUGUGGACUAAGAUGGAUAUUCCUGAGGAGACCAGGACAACAUACGAAUACGUCGUAAAUCUGAGAAAUCGACUGGAACAUACCUGCAAAUUGGCCCACGAUACGCUGGAAAAAUCAGGAGCGAGAUACCGCAGGUUCUACAAUGCCAAAUCUCGAGAGCUCAAACUAGCCGCAGGAGACGAAGUGCUGGUGCUACUUCCAACAGACAAUAAUAAAUUAUUAGUAGUAUAG